AGGAAAAUACAAGUUUGGGCACCUAGUAUGUAAUAAACUUCGCAAAAUCAAGAUGGCAGUAUCACGGCUUAGGCUGGCUUUCCGCAUCAGUUUUGCCGUCUUAGGCACAUUUGUCGGCCUGUCUGCGGCGGUGUGUUGGAUUCAAGUGUUCAAGAGCUACGACACAGCGGCUUUUGGUGUCGCUUCAGGUCUAACUGCUGCUGUGGCCCUGACCAUCCACAUCCUCUAUGCUCGUGAACAAUGGCAGGCCUCGUAUCGCUGGCUGCGGGGGCUGAUGCUGUCUGGCUGUUUUGUACAGCUGGCAGGGGUCUGUGGGUUUGUCACCUACCUGGUUCUGGGGAUCACCAACCACCAAGCUCUGAAGCCUGACAGUUACUACAUCACCUGUGUGUGGUGCUUCCUCACCUGGAAGUGGGGCUUCCUGCUCUUCCUGUACGCCCGCAUGUACAGGCGCGAAUUCGACCCGACCUACCAGCGUAUGAUGGAACCAGGGGAUGUCAAGGUGUAGUGGUUCCUUCAUCAUCAUCAUCAUCAGGGCUGUCUCCAGGACCCAUCCCUCAAAUUUACUUGUUGAGAUGGACAAAACUUCAUUCCAUCUGCCCCAAAAUCUGAACUUCGUUGAUGAAAAUAAGUUUUCAUAAGCUUAAAAUGACAAGGAAAAUAGAUAACAUUGCAUGGCUCCCCAAAAAAUGAGGAGACUGAAAGGAGGCAGCUCUCAACAUCAUCAUCUUUCAAUUUCUAUCAGUGGAGACCAAGCUAACACAGAUUUUACUCCACAUCAAGGGUACCUUACAUAACAUCAGGACUGUACAGUUGUACAGUUUGGUACCUUAGCUUUUAUAACCAUUUGACAAAGUAUAUGCAUAGUCUUUAGUUACGACAGAAGCAUUUUGGUAUCUCGUGCAAAAAAGGUAUGCUUGUGAAAGGAUCUCAAAACAAAAAUGGCUUUAAGAUAGUGUAAUGCAGUUCUUAAGUUUCAGUUUUGUUGCAGAGAUAAGUCACAAAGAAUGUAUAUACUUGAGUGUAAUUUUUUCUCGUCACAGUACUAGUAUAUGUUAUGAAAUGGACUUGUACCUGAAAGAGUUCUAGAUACUUAAGAAAGACGAUUGGAAAUUGAUUUCUUUAUGAAAAAAAAUGACCUUGUGUGUUGCUAUUGUUGGUUCCAUUUCAAUUAUAUAUGAUACGUAUGCACAAGUAAGUACACAAAUAUUAUGUAACAAUUUGAUGUCAAUGAAUAACAGUAGAUUUAUGUCAAAAUCAAUGUUGAAAAAUCAUGGAGAAAGGCAACAUGUUUGUUUUAAAUGAAAGUAAAGAGGUCUUUCCUUGGGCACUUGAGAUUGAAAGCCUAUGUAAGAUUGUAAAUGUAUUCAAAUGUAAUGAAAUAUAGCAAAUAGUGUUACUUGCAAAUAGCUAUAUAGAGCAAAGAAAUUAUAAUUGCUAAAAAAGCAUAUAAUCCUGAAGAUAACAAUUAGAACUCAUAAUGUUUAGUUAUUAAGCUGUAAAAUUAAAAAAUCAGGCUAUUUUCCUCAAAUCUUUAUCGGACAUGGAAUUCAUUUUUGUGUCAGAUUUAUGACAGAAAUAAGAUUGACAGGGUUGCUGUUUGUUUUAAUCCCUAGAAUUAUACACUUAAGAAUAUUCCCAA